UGCGCACUGCUCAAGUGAAAAGCAACUAUGUUAUCGUAGCGAAACGCUAUCCCUUAUUUGUGUGUGAGAGUGGUUGUUUGUGUGAAAUUGAUGUUCUUAGAACGAAAGUUUCAUCAACAGACAUUAGAAGGUUUAUAGAUCUAGACUAUAUAUAAAAAAAAAUUUCGGAACCAGAAGGGUAUUUAUAAAAACGUGUACACAAUCCUAUUCAGUGAUGCGAAAGGAAAUAGAUAAAGCAGUGGAUACCUUCCACAGAAUUGCUUUUGGCACAAAGAAAAAUGGUACAAAGAUAAUAUCUGAAAGCAAACUGUCAUCUUUCAUCACUAUUCUCACAGAAUUACUGUUGGCUCGAUAUGAAAAGAAUUGGUUUCCAGAUAAUCCUGAUAGAGGUAGUGGCUUUCGAUGUAUCAGAGUCAACACCCAAAGCAUUGAUCCUACAAUCUUGGAAUGCUUAAAGCGGUCAAAAAUCGGAAUACCUAAAUGUUUGACCCACACAGAAUUAACUAUCUGGGUCGACCCCGGAGUAGUAUCUGUUCGCAUUGGAGAAGAUGGCAGCAUUGGGUCAGAGGUUGUUGAUGAGGAGGUGUAUAAUUCAAGCCAAAAAUCCAAGCUCUCCAGCAAAAGAUCAACUUCAGAAUCAGAUGAGGGAUUUUCUUCUAGAAGCUCUAGCCCUGAGUCUACACUGUCAGAUCGUUCUGGAUCUGUGAGCCCACCAAUGAGCGUGUCUCCCACAUUCAGUCCAAAAUCAGCCUGUAGCUCCCCACCAAAUGCUCUGGAAUACAACCCCUACUCCCCGCCCGUCCAGGUGUCGUACCCAAACCGUUAUCGCCCUUCAACUCCUCAUACACCUUCCCAGCAGCUAGCUAAAACCCUUUCUCCUGCAGCUAGUCAUUUUCAGCCAUCAGGAUCUCAGAGUAGGGCACUGUUUUCUCAAGGCCCAUCCAUGACAUCUUCUCCUCAUGGGGAUUUGUUUUUGGCCAGUCAAGGUCACAUUCCAGUACCAUCACCUCAACGUACAUCUUACACUCGUCCGCGAUCCCUCUUUCCAUCCUUGGAAAAUGGCAGCUCGUCGCAGGGAUCUGUGAUGGACGGCUUUGGGAAGUCUACUUUUAACCCAUAUUCUGUGCACAUGCACCAGCUGAAUUACUACGACAUUCCAGCCAUGGCAUAGUGGCAUUUGCUGCUAAUUUAAAGACAUUAUGUAUUGUGUGCAUGUUUCAUUAGUAAUCUUUUUUUUUUUUCAAUAUAGUCAUAGUCAAUGUAUAUCUGUUAACUAAAUACCUAGACAAGGUGCAAGUUAAAAACAAUUAGUUAAGUGUUCUCUGUCCUCUUGCUUCUUCAAUGUUUAUACUGCAAAAUUUUUGUGUUACACCGAAUUUCCAAGUGUUAAUCAAUUAGAUAGUGUGAUACGACAUGGAGUUUUUAAAGUUGGAUGUAUCUUCACAAGAAGGAUCUUUUUGUUUUACCAAGAUUGCUAAUUCAAAAUCUAUGCCUGCUGCUGCACUGGCUUUUAAUCUGCAUUCACUUGAUGUGUAUUUUUAUAAGUUUUGAGAAACCACCUGCAGAUUUCUACUAGUUAAUAACCAAUUUUUUUGUUUCGUAAGGAUUAAACUAGGUGACCAUUUGUUUAGAAAUUUUGUCUAUAAAAAAGGUUAAUAACUAGCAUCUUAGUCCUUUAAGGAUUGCCAAGUCAUAUUGCUGGAACGGAUAGUUCAGCAAGCUAAAACUAUAAACGUUGCUUUAGAUUGAUUUAUUUUUAAUUUUAUAACACCUUGUACUUGCAAUCCUAGAUCCAUUAUAUAAAGAGCAAUCCAGUAUAAGUUGAUAAGCAGGACAUUUUGUUUCAGACAUUGAACUUUCGUGUGCUGUAAGAUUUUCCAUAGUUGAUUCCCCAGUGCAUUGAUAUAGCUUUAUAUCCAGGUGAAUUUUGUCUCAAUAUUUGUUGAUCAGAUAGUUGGAGCGUUGAUCUCAGGUUGAAAUGGCAGUUCUAUGGUCAAAUAUGAUUAUAUUUAUAUAUAAAUAUAUAUAUAUAAUAUAAAUUGUACAAAUGGUCAUCAUCAUGUAUUUGAAAUUAGUUUUCAUUUAAAAUAUUUAAAAAUGAAUAAAUCCUUCAGUUAAGCUGCUUCAGACCACGAUAACUGUGAUACAUUAUGAUGCCUUCACAUUCUGAUAUUAGUCAUUUAUGUUGCAUGUCAUCCGUUAUCAUCACGAUGUUAUCCCAUAACCGUUUAAGCCAUCUUCAUUUGUCAAAACUAUCAUUAGCCGCUAAACUGAAGAAUUUUUCAUCCAUAGUUGUAAUUCAAUCAAUGAGCAGCUCUGAAAUAGUAUUAUUUAAAAAGGAGGUUAUAAAUAUAUAAAUAUAUUUUCAUGUAACUUAAGAAUGUCCUGAGUGGUCUAUAUAGAUAUGACAGAUUGGCCUGCUAUCUUUUCAUAUGAAUGUUCUGAAGUAAUUUUAAUGUAAAAUGACAAUAGAUUAGAGAGAAUAAUAGCUUUAGGGUUUCCUUUCUGUUGCAUGGAUUCUCCUAUAAAGCUGGUGCUAACAUGAAUGAAUUGCAUGAGGUUUUAUUGACUGCUUUGUCAAAUAACUUUCUGUUGCUUUGUGUACAUGAUUGUCAAGUUUUUAACACAACUGGAUUUGUGGAGCCUUCAUAUAAGAUUUUUAUGGUCUUUCAACUAUUUUGCUCACCAACCCCUACUGCUGCUGUAUAAGCAAACAAGGCUUGGUGAAGCUUUGAUUUUAUGUUUAACCAAUGGAUAAUGUUGGGUGGAAAAGAAUGGUUUUCAACACAGUGCCAUAGGCUGAACUUGCAUUCUCUACUUUUUUUUUUAAAUUUUCUUUUGCAAGUGAUGACGUAUAAUGCUCUCAGAUUGUACCUUGUUCCUUUUAGGUAGCAACUCACUGCCUUCUCACACUGUGGUUUGCAUUGCAAAAGGUAGGGGGUACAGUGUCUGUAAAUAAUCUGAUAUUUUGCACCACAGAAUGUAAAGUAGUGUAUAUAUCUAAAAGUUUUUAAAAGGGCAUAAAGUAAUCCAUUUUGAAUUUUAGAACUUUGCCAAUGUAAUAAGUAUAAAUAAAAGUUUUUAAAAAGUUUUAAACACAUUUUGUUCAUUGUUUAAUACAAACAGUUGCAUUUUUUAAAUUAAUUUUUUAAUUACAGUUGCAAAAUUUAUUUUUUGAACAAGAUUUGCAUGUCCCUACUGCAUAUUAGACUAUGCCUUUUCCAUUUUUCUAGAUUUCGUUUGUUUCGCAUUGCACGUAUGAUGCAUUAUCUAAAGGCUAGUGAAUUGAACUUCAUGCAUUUUAAAGCCUGAGAGCAUUAUACAUGUAAGCAAAUUUAAUUCUGAUUUUGAAAUGAAUUGCCAUACCCUCAAAAUUUUUAAUUUGUAAUGGAUUAUUUUAUAGCUUUGUAACAGGGUUUUAAUAAGUACUCUUUUUGGACAUCAGAAGAAUGCAAAGUUGGAACAGUUUUUAAAAAAAAAAGUUAUCUCCACAUUUAGAAGACUUCUGGUUUGGUUUCCACUUUGAAAAGAUAGUGUGCCCGGCCAUUGUUGUUACGGUUGAUCUAUGGUUGUUGUGUGACUUUUAUGAUUUAUUUUAAAAUUGUUGACUAGUCAAAACGACUAAGGCAUUUCAAAGCAUAUGCACAAGCUUAUGUACAGACAUUGUGUGAAUGAUUUGACUUAAAUUGCCUGAACUUUUGACAGCUACCUGACCUGUUGUGUUCAUGACAAAUUAUGGUACAAAAUUCCCUGUAAAUGCUAUUGAGUUGAUUAACUAUGGAAUUCUAUUUUUAACAAAGGGCAGGUUAUUGUUUAACCCAUAUGUAAAUUGCUUUAUCUUGCACUUUUAUUUUUAAUUCAAUUAUUCAAAAAAGAAAAUAACAAAAAAAGAUGUUGUACAGAUGAUAUGUGACAUGAAUAAAAAAAAGAUUUAGUUUCACG